GGGAGUCUGACCACCCUAUUGGCUACUUCAUACCUUUAAACGGCCAGUUUUGUGACAUCAUUCUCCCACCAAACAUACUGCCACCUGCUAGAAUCUUAGGCUUGCCAUGCAGUUGUAAACAAAUUUGGAUCAUCGCAAGUAACCAAUGACCAGUAACCAGUCAUCAGAGUGGCCAGUGGACAGUAAACAGUGACCAGUGAACUCCAUACUGGAGAACAUGCAUUCUCUAGUCUCAGCCACCCACACAUCCUCUGAGGUGGUCUCCUCAUCCUCUGUAUCUGCAAUUGAUGUGACCUCUUCUCUGACCAUGUCAGAAAAUUUCCAAAAUUCUUCUUUACAUGGAAAUGCUGAUUCUCUGCAGCUCUCUCUUCCUGUGGUGACCUAUGCAGCUUCCCUGGCAGGAAGUGUCUGCAACUUCUCCAGAGACUCUGUUCCAGCUGCCACUUCAGCAUGGUUACUGCCCUCAACCUAUGGCACCUCCUUCCAGCCACUCAUGGGCAGUGCCUACCUUUAUCAACAUGCUAGCAGCAUGGUGUCUGGAGUUACUGGCCAGAACCAGACUCCCAUGGCACCUGCCCCCUAUCCAAGUAUUUCUGAGUGGUAUAUCCCAGGAAGUGCUGAAAAGAGCUCAUCUUCACUGGGGGACUUUAAUCUGACUGUCACUGACCAGAACACAGCAGAUUAUUCCCUGUCUAUGACAUCCCAGUAUGAAAAAACUUCUGAAGCCAAUGUCAUGGUCCCUGGAUAUCCAACACUAUCUGGUAGGCUCGUCCAGGUGACACUAACUCAGAUUCCAAAUCAGAGACAGAGCCUCUCACUACCCCACCAAGAAGGAAUCCAGGUCUAUUACUAUGAUCAAAACACUCUGGGGACUUUGUUCUCUGGAGAAUAUGACCCCUGCCUACAAUCCUAUGGCUCUGUGCCAUAUGUAGGAAGUAGUGCCACUGCCCCUCGACCAGAAAUGGUGACAGUGCUGAAGGAAGUUCAGCCCACAAAUGUCCUACCAUCAGUCCCUACACCUGUGAUCUACUACUCUGUGUCCACUCAAAGUAUAGAAGGAACGCAUUUUCAAGGGAUAGAACCUUCCCUAGGGAUGGAGGCUUCCUUGGGAUUGCAACCUCCAAGUCAGACAUUUUGUCUGCCACAGCCUCCAGAAUUCCCAUAUGCCUGCAAAAACAGAAAAAGCGAAAUAAUUGAGAGAAACUCACAAUCUGAAUUUGGGGACAUUUCCAUAAAAACUCCAGCCCAGAGUUCUACUGAUUUCUUGGCAUUGCCCCCAAAUCAAAGCCAGGAACAAACAGAGAUUAAGAAUUUGUGUGAGAUUAAAACCAUGCUCUCAGAGCCACUAAAUGCCUACCAGAUUGCCAUGGAGAACAAGGAUCCUCCAAUACUCCCUUUAGACAUCCCUGAAAUCCAAGAGCUUUUGGCCUCCAUUGGUCCUCUGGACCAAGAGGAGAAGCCACAUUCUGAAAAUAUCCAUCUAGAAAGGAAUAGCUUGAGUCUUGAGGACCAAGGCCCACUUGAAAAUGGGAUUGAAUUUAGCAGUGGUUUUGCAGACCUCACCGCACUGCUGGGGGAUAUUCAACUUCCUGAGCUUUUCAGUUCCUUCAAAGACUUUGACCAACCUGAAAGUCCCACAAUAAAAAAAUCCAAUGAUACCAGAGCCAUCAUGGUGAAUCAGGGGCAGGAAAUCACAAGUGCCUUAAAGGGUCCUAGUGAUCCAUUGAGGAAGAACAAACAUAAAGCCUCAGAGAGUCCUGAUGGAACUCCUCAGGCCAAAAUGCAUCCCAGGGACCUGGAAUAUACAUUAGGAGCUGAAGUUGCUCACGGGGAUGCAGACAGUAGUAGGGCCCCUGUGCACACAGGCAAGCACUCUAUCAGCAAAGCUCAGGAAGCUGCAUCCAGUAGGAACAGCAAGGCUAAGGGCCAUGGGCAGGAAAAGACCAAGAGGGCCAGAGAAAACAACCUCAAGAAAGCCGAGGAGAGGAAGCAGCCAGGCAAUAAAGUCAAGGCAGAAGAGAAGCCAACUCUGCCCAAACUGAAGUGGAAGAGGAACCAACCUGAGCUUUGCCAAGAGACUUUUAAAAAGCCUCGGAGAUGUCUCGGCAUGCACAUGCUGGAGUCGGUGCAGGUUUUCCAUGCACUGGGGAAGAAGAAUGAUAAGAAAACUGUCUCUUCCUUCCGGGCCCCGGGAAACUCAGGCAGUACCCAAGACCCCCAUCCAUGCCCAGCUAUGAAACCAUGGCUUGCAGUUAAGGGUCCUGAGAAAUCACAAGUCAAAGCCCAGAACCCAGAUAUCAGUGCUGAAAGGGAGGGUCUUGCUCCAUCCAUUUAUGAGCCUCCACCACCUGGGAAGGUUAAAUUGGUACCUUUGCCUUUUCUGACCCUGGAGAAACCUCCACCUCGACCAGUAAUCAAUCGGAGGCCACAGUCUCUGGCCUCAAGGAGACCCUCUAGGGCUUACCCUGCCCAUCCUGGCCCUGCUAGCUCAGCUCAACCCAUGACAGUCAACCAAUCCCAACCAGCUACUGCCAACCCAUCUUGGAUGUGUCCUGCCAAGCCAGUUCAGCCCGUUUUGACCCAUGCCAUUCAGUCAGAUGUGACCACUUCUACCCAGGCUACUGUCCCUCGGUAUGCUGCUUCUGGGCCUGCACCCUACAAAACAUCAUCUUGCACCUCUCUCCAGUGGCAACCCAUUCCCACUGUUGGGACCAAGCCCCAGUCACAACCACCCAAGCCUCAAAACCAGUAUCUACUCCAAGACUUUGCCUUACAACCAAUUCCAUGGAGGAAACCCAAUGUUCCUGGGCAAGUAGUAUCAACUCCCAUCACCAAACAGCAGAGGCCAGAGCGGGAAGCCAUGAAGAAGAAGGCUCAACAAGAGCGUGAGAAUGCUGCCAAGUACACUGCUUUGGGGAGAGUGCAGUGUUUCAUUGAGAGAGAAAGAGAGAUGGAGAUUUCUUGCUACUAUGGCAACAUAAUGUAAGAGCUGCUAAGAUCAGUGGUGCCACUUAUGGAACAAAUAGUUUUCCACAUGUAUAUAGAUAGAGAGAUACACAUUUAUUUAUUCUCAGAUGCUUUCAAAGUUUAAUAAAAAUGUAAUAUAAUUCCCUGACACAUAAUAAAGAGGCCUUCUGGUACCACUGAGAAUUGAUAGAAAAUAAAGAGGCCUUUGGGUACUACAUGGGUACCAAAUAGUGUUGCACAUAUAUACAUAGAUAGAUAGAUACAAAAUUAUUCAUUUAGACACAGUUCAAAAUGUAAUAUAGUUGAAUACAGAAAUGCUAUAAGAUUGAUUAUAGGUAAAUAAUAGAGAAGCUUUAUGGUAUCAUUUGAAUACCAAAUAGGCUUCUACAUAUAUAGAGUUAAAUAGAUACAAAGUUAUACACUGAUACAUUUUUAAGUGUUAAGAUAGUUGAAUAAAGAUAGAAUAGUUUGAGAGAUAAGUAAUAAAGAGACUUUUUGAUAUGCUUGGGGAUUACAUAGUUUUCUACACAUAUGUAGAUACAAAUUUUUAUAAAUAUGUAGAUAUGUAGGCACAAAUUUAUUCAUUCUAAUACAUUUAAUACAAUUUAAUAAAAUUGAAUGAAAUACUUUAAUAGAAUUAGUUAAUUGAUAAAAUAGAGUCCAUGUGUUACCACUUGGCUACAAACAUUUUUCCUCAUAGAGGUAUAAAUAUGUACUCAUUCCAAUAUACUUUUAAGACAAUAACGUCGAAUAAAGAUAUGUAGUGGAAUUGAUUAAUAGAUAAUAAACAGGACUUUUGCGUUAGAAUGGCUGUUAAGUGUGUUUUUGUUUGGUAGAGGUGGGGAUCACAGCCUGCAUGAGAAGAAAGUUGGCCAGGAGA